CUCUAGUUCGACUUAAUCAGCAGUUGGACAUGCGCGCUGCGUAUCGUGUCUGCCUCUGUCUGUCUGCACAUCACCUCCUCAUCGUCAACCACCACCUCUCCAUCUCUCCAUCGGGCGCAUUUCAUCACAGUCCCGGCUGUCGGUCAUCUCUCCCCCUUACACAACGCCAGAAUAGCCCAUCAUGGCGCUGGACAACUUCUACAACAACAAGAUCGAAUCGAUGAAAUUGGAGAUUAUCCAAGGGCAAGCCAUCCUCCGUCGAUUAGAAGCGCAGCGAAACGAAUACAACAGCCGCGUGCGCCUGUUACGGGAAGAGCUGGGCCUGCUGCAACAGCCGGGAAGCUAUGUGGGUGAAGUGGUGAAGGUGAUGGGGACGAAGAAGGUGCUGGUCAAGGUGCAUCCCGAAGGCAAAUAUGUGGUGGAUAUUGCCGACAACAUCGACAUCGCCAAACUCACGCCAGGCAAACGCGUGACGCUCCUCAGCGACAGCUACAAACUCUCCUCCCUCCUCCCCUCCUCCGUCGACCCCCUCGUCUCCCUCAUGAUGGUGGAAAAAGUGCCCGACAGCACCUACGACAUGAUCGGUGGUCUCGAAGAGCAGAUCAAGCAAAUCAAAGAAGUCAUCGAGCUCGGGCUUAAACACCCCGAACUCUUCGAAUCCCUCGGCAUCGCGCAGCCCAAAGGUGUCCUUCUUUACGGCCCUCCGGGUACCGGCAAGACGCUGCUGGCCAGAGCAGUAGCCCAUCACACCGACUGCAAAUUCAUCCGAGUGUCCGGUUCCGAGCUCGUACAAAAGUACAUCGGUGAGGGAAGCAGAAUGGUGCGUGAGUUGUUCGUCAUGGCGCGAGAGCACGCGCCUAGCAUCAUCUUCAUGGACGAAAUCGACUCCAUCGGUAGUUCUCGGGUGGAAGGCAGUCAAGGUGGAGACUCGGAAGUCCAGCGCACUAUGCUCGAACUCCUCAACCAACUCGAUGGGUUUGAGAGCACCAAGAAUAUCAAAAUCAUCAUGGCCACCAACCGGCUCGACAUCCUCGAUCCCGCCCUGCUCCGCCCCGGCCGGAUAGACCGCAAGAUCGAAUUCCCUGCUCCUACGGUGGAGGCGCGAGCGGACAUCCUUCGCAUUCACUCUCGCUCCAUGAACCUCACGCGCGGCAUCAACCUGAUCAAAGUGGCGGAGAAGAUGAACGGGUGCAGUGGAGCGGAGUUGAAGGGCGUUUGCACCGAGGCGGGCAUGUUUGCGCUCCGAGAGCGGCGUGUGCAUGUUACUCAGGAGGAUUUCGAGCUUGCGACGGCGAAGGUGUUGAACAAGCACGAGGACAAGGAGAUGAGUUUGAGCAAGUUGUGGAAGUAGAGGCUCAGACCGUCUGGCUUGGGGAAGUGGGAGAUUGUUACGAAUGCAUAGCGGGUGAUAGACCAGUCAAUGUACUAGUAUCAGAGCCUGGCCGCCCUUGUGUUGACGGGACCUAUUACCGCGUUGUCGUGCUCGCUUCAUCAAAGGCGAAAUACUUAAGCUUUGACUAAACCAGUCGUGGCACGUGUUUAGCGGAGAACCAGGAAUGAUCAAUAACACCAACCA